AGGUCCUGUGGACAUGAUGCAGAGACAUGUGAUCAUGUUAUACAGUGUGGAACGGAGGACUCUGUCAUCUGUGGUGUCAUCAGGUCUCCUGGUUAUCCACUCAGUUUUCCGAUAGAUUCCAUCUGCACAGUGCAAAUCACUGGACCGAGGAAGAGUUAUAUUGUCCUACAGGUCCUGGACAUCGACAUACCGGUGGAGGAUGACCUGUCCUGUGCUGACCGUGCGGUCAUCUUGCUUGACCAGAAGUAUCCGGGUGGACCCUGGAUGGAGUCAACACGACUCUGCUCACCCAAAGACAUACGCAAGCCCUUCAGAUCCAAGUUCAACUCCAUGCAGGUCCAAGCCUUGUCCAAUGAAACUAAGCGCCAGUACCGUGGGUACCUCGCCGUGUACAACAUCACUAACUACAAGAACAAACACCUACCCCCAGUCUACAAGCCAAAUGAAGUGUACCAGUGCCCGUGUGAUUACAACCUGUAUGAGGACCGUUGCUAUGGUAUUUUCACCCACCACACCCAUCUGUCGUGGACCAGUGCCAAACUGGAGUGUCAGGCCAGGAACGGGACACUGGCCAGCAUGUCAGAUGGACUGGAGACAGAGUUUCUGCAUACAGCACUUAUCCAUAUAGUGCAAUCCAGACAGCUAGGAGGGGAGAAAAUGUACAUAGGUCUUCAAGACAGAAACGAGUUUGAGUUCAACAUGACGUGGUCUGAUGGUCACCCACUGUCAUAUACGGCAUGGGCACACAUUGACAGGAGGUACAACCUGACCCAGCCAUCAGGAGCAGAGAUAGAGGACUGUAUAGUGCUGUGGUAUGAGUACACCUGGAGGAUAGAACAGUGGCAUGAUGCGCUGUGUGCCGGGGAAGACGUCUUCAGCUACGUGUGUGAGAUAGAUGCUGGCAAGGAGGAUCGUGUUUGCCAGCUUGGCAUGCAGGAUUAUUCCAUAGAGAACCAUCGGGUCGUGGCCUCCUGGUACGAUACGGCGCCAACCAUGUCGCACUUCGGUCGUCUUCGGCACUGCACCACCUAUCAUGGAUAUGGUUGGUCCGGCAUCUUUGACCCGAAGGGUGUCUACUUCCCCUGGUUGCAGGUGGACCUUCCACGACUGAUGCUGGUGGCGGGAAUCCUGACCCAGGGCCUGUGUACGGACGAGGUGGACGCGAGGGUGACGGAGUUUCACCUGUUCCACGGGAUGACGGAGAUGGCGUGGGUACCCUACACCGGGAAAGGCACAGAACCUGUGAUGUUGAUAGGGAACUCCUAUAGCAACAUCACUGCCAGUAACAUGUUUGACCCGACCUUCACCACUCUACACAUCCGCCUGGAGCUACGGAACGGGACGGAACUCUUCGGACUCAGAUUCGACCUCCUCGGCUACGCCGUGAGGAAUUUGACUGAAGAAGAUUUUCUGAUUGAAAGAAGGACGGACUAUGCAAUCAAGGAUGAUACAAUAGAUACUAGCCAGGACUGUCUGGACACCCAUUUCCGCUGUGGAGACGGGUCAUGCGUGCACGUGGUGUAUCUCUGCGACAGUAUCAACGACUGCAGGGAUGGAACUGACGAAUCAGAGGAGGUUUGUGGUCCACCUGACACCUGUCCUGAGUUCUCCUUCAGCUGUAAGGAGGGAGGGGGAGGACAGUGCAUCUCUCUAUCCUUCUUCUGUGAUCGUGAUGAUGACUGCAACACUUAUGAAGACGAAAUUGAUUGCGAAUGGCCGGAGGUGAACUGCAGAAAAGACCUGGGUGAACUUGAGUGUGACAAUAAGAAGUGCUACGACAGCAAGCUGAGAUGUGAUGGAAACAAAGACUGCACCGACAACAGUGAUGAAUUUCGAUGUGACUUCUGCCAGGGUUUCCAGUGUUUUGACGGCAAGUGCCUGCCUGGACAGUAUCAGUGCGAUGGUCAGGUUGACUGUAAUGGGUACAUUGGUGAAGAUGAAGACCACUGUGCGUACAAAUGGGAGAAUGCGACAGACCUGGGUUACUGUGAGGACCUGAUGUUGUGCAGGAAUACUGCAUGUGUGGGGAACAGCACCAACACUACCUGCCUCUUCAACCUGGACCUCAGGGGAGCUCACGUUGGCUGUCGGGAUGCUACCCAUCUGGAUGGCUGCACUCGAGAGGACAUGACGUGCCCAGUGAACACAGUCCAGUGUGACACUGGGUACUGUAUCCAGCAGCGUUUAUUGCUACCUAAAAAGUCUGACUGUUGA